AGAAAGAAAGAGAGAAAUCAAAACUAAAUUGAAAGUAAACCGGUAUACUAAAGUACGAGUAUACUUAAAUUUACGCGCCUUAAACAUAUGGUUAUAACGUGCAUCGUAUCUUACGUUGCGUCAUCUGCUUACGCUACAAGCAGUCUUCACUGCAAAAGGAAGUGGAAGCUCGUCUGGAAAGAUGCUGGCCAAGCGUGUACAUAUAUGGAGAGCAGCAAACGCUUGGCGAUUGACCACACAGAUCCCGGCCAGCAGCAAUAGCUGCAAUAAGAGGGAUAUGCAUUUGGCGAUAAGAUCAAACGUAAGGCCCGCCGCUAUGGCCCUGCCACCACAAUUCUUGCUGUCAUCAUCCGUGGGACUGGGAAUGACUCCACGAUAUGCUAGUAACACAACGCCGGUAGCUGAGACUGUGGCUUUGCCGGAAUCCGUGUCUACCAAGGAGCUGGUGGACUUACCCGAUAUACCAGAGCCUCCAGCCGUCCCUGCUGCCACCGAAUUGCUCAGUUCCACCGGAACAGAUGCAAUGGAAGUUCUUAGUGUAGCAGGUGAACCCACAUUCGCCUCUAUUGGAUUGGGUGGCUACACCCCAGUGGGUAUUGUACAGAAUUGUAUGGAAGUUCUGCACUGCUCUUGGGAUAUACCAUGGUGGGGAGCCAUUGCCAUUGGCACUUUGGUUGUUCGUACUCUGAUUUUCCCGUUGGUCAUUGUAGCCCAAAGAAAUUCAGCAAAAAUGAGUAACAACAUGCCACAAAUGCAGUUGCUCCAGCUCAAAAUGACUGAGGCUAGGCAAUCGGGAAAUGCCAUUGAAUCGGCUCGCUAUGCCCAAGAAAUGAUGUUGUUUAUGCGUGAGAAGGGCGUUAAUCCUCUUAAGAAUAUGGUUGUGCCUUUGGCUCAGGCUCCUUUAUUCAUUUCCUUUUUCAUGGGUCUCAGGCAAAUGGCCAAUGCCCCAGUUGAAUCCAUGCGAGACGGAGGACUUUGGUGGUUUCAGGAUCUAACCUUGGCGGAUCCUUUCUAUCUAUUACCUUUGAUCACAUCGGCUACACUUUAUCUUACAAUUGAAAUUGGCACGGACAGUGCUCGUUUGUCGGCUGCCAAUAUGAAUACAAUGAAAUAUGUUCUAAGGGCUCUUCCUCUGGUGAUUUUCCCUUUUACUAUGAACUUCCCAUCUGCUAUUCUAACAUAUUGGGCGUGUAGUAACUUUAUUUCCCUUGGCCAAGUAGCCAUAUUGAGAAUUCCAGCGGUGCGGGAUUAUUUUAAAAUAGAGAAGAUGUUGACACAUGCACCCAGUGCCUUGCCAGCAAAGAAAAAGGGAUUUGUCGGCGGUAUGAAAGAAUCAUGGGACAACAUGAAAAUUACCAAAGAAAUAGAAGAACGUCAACGUUUGGAUGAAAUACGCUUUGCCAAGGCCGGCAAGGGACCAAUGGUAAAGACGUUCAAGCACGAUCCCACUAAACCAAAACCGAACGCUGCCACUACUACUGCAUACGCCUCAUCUUCCACCGCCACUGCCAGCAGUGUUCAGCAGCCUCAUACUGGCCACACAGUUGGACGUGUAAAGGAUCCAACGUCAACGCCGCCUAAACAGCAGUAACAAUAUAUUUUGUAGUAGUUCAUAGUUACACAACCCCACACCCAAAUUCCCUUUCCCCUCACUACAAGUGCUGUGUUUUGUUAAACGUUAUUUUAGACGAUAGUUUGGAGAAAUGAAAAUAUACAUAUAUACAUUUUUUUAAACAUAA